AAACUAAUCAUCACUUUUUUUCAGUUUCAUUGAAUGGAAUUGGCUGAAAAUAUAUAAAUUUGACAAUCAACAAUGGGAAACAACUUCAGUGCUUAAAUAGCCCGAAUUGAAUACACACAGCAAGAAAUUGUUUGUUGUUGUUGUUGUUGUUUUGAAAACAAAAAUUUUAUUUUAAAAAUGAAAUUUCUAUUAGGUUUCGCUGUUAUUGCCGCUGUCUUACCAGGAUUUUGGUGUGCAUGCAAAACAAUUGAAGAAUUAGAUCAAUGUGCAUAUGAGAUUAGUUUUUUGGCUAAUCGUAAUCUCAAAAUACCGACCAAUGAUGGUGAAGUUGUUGGCAUGUGUGAUAACGCUAAAAAAGGAUUAAAAUGUUUGGCUGAUCAUGCACGUGAAUGUGCUAAAGGUGCAUUGAAAUCAAUUACAAUCAAAGUGAUGAACGAUCUUGAAAAUCAUUUACAUACACGUUGUGAUAAUCCGGCUGAACGUGCUGAAUUCUUGAGACAUAUUGGUUGUUUUACUGAUAAUUCAAAAGCUGAUGCUGUACGAUUAUGUGCAGAUAAACAUAUGGUCAUGAUGGAAAAAGUAUCCAAUAUGCCUAAACCAUUAAGACUUGGUGGUGCCUGUUGCAGUUCACAUUCAUUACGCGAAUGUGCCAUCAAUCAUAUUACAAAUCUAUGCAGUGGUGAAACAGGCGAUUAUUUCAAUGAUAUGAUCAGUGAUAUUGCUGAAGAAAACAUUGAAUUAGUUUGUAAAGAAUAUUCAUCAUUGGAUAAAUGUGAUGCUAAAUAUGAUCCGGCCACAUGGACCGAUCUUAAAGCUAUUAUGGCAUCCGAAGAUGCAUCGAUGGUUGGUAAACAUCAAUACAAAACCAUUGUGCCGAUCAUUGUUAAAAUGCUUAAAGAAGCACGAAAAUGAUGACCUAAAUAUUAAUGAUGAUGAUGAUGAUGAUAAUGAUGAUGUUUCAUCUGUUGCACAUUCCGAUUCAAUUUCGAAAUUUAAAUUUACUACGCUAUAA